AUUUGUUUAGUUCAGUGUAAGAUCGGAAUUUAUCACAUAAACCGCGGCGCAGGAGUGUAAUAAAGCCAUUUAAUAAAAACGAUAUUACACUAGACGAUAUUACACUAGUGUAAUAACACUUUGACGUCACGUCAUUUGCGCUAUAAACAUAGCGAUAAAGCGCGUUAAUGUUAGCGUUACACUAUAGGCGCGUCAAAGAAAAAUGACUCUUGAUAACAGUUUACCGUUCUUAUUUUAUAUAUGUGAUAAAUAGAAUAUUAUAUUCGUGUAGAUUCAAUACUAAAUUUAUUGAACUCGUUGAGUAAAACAAUAUUAUGCUCGCCAGAGGCUCGCAUAAUAUGAUUUUAUUCAACUCGUUCAAUAAAUUUAGUAUUAAACCUACACUCAUUCAAUAUCCUCUAUAUAUUUCACCGAGUGAGCACCAAAAGGUAUAUUUCACGAGUGGCGAAGCCACGAGUGAAAUAUGAACUUUUGGUGUUAACAAGGUGAAAUAUAUUUCGAUCUUACCCUAAACUAAACACAUUUUCUUUUUAUUAUAUGCAAAGAAACGUUUUAAAAAGACAUUAAAUCUAAUACUGAAUGAAAGGCGCGCAAAAUAAUAAUACAACGUGACGUUAUUUAAGACGUCACGUCAUUAAGUUGGUACCCAGUACUGUGCACGCUGGUAUUUCACUAAAACAACGUAAGGGGCUUAAAUUCAAAACAGUGAAAUUAUCAAAGUGGUAAUUUCACUGUUUCAAACAGUGAAAUUACCAGUUUUAUAUCACUGAUAUAUUUCUAUAAACCACCGAAAAGCAUGUAAUAAAUAUCGUUAUUACACGCAAUUUAAUAAUGAUACAGACGGUCGACCUCUCCGGUCUCCGAUCGUCACCGGUCUCCAAAGACCGAUUUUUGUCAACUACAUUGUAUAUUCUCGAUACAAACGUUUUAGUUUUUUUUUUGUUAAAUGAAAUAUCUUAAAAUUAUUACAAAUCCCCUCCCACAGAAAACAAUUGUAACUUGUGCCUUUAUUACUAAUAAGUUAUUUUUGAUUUCCUGUUAUAGUUUUCAAAAUAUUUUCAUGGGCAUACUUGUAUUGUUAAACACUUUGUAUUUAAUUGUUUACAUUUUGCUUCUUUUAUGGCAAAUUACCUCACCUUCAGCGCUACUAACUCACGUUUGUACAUUCUAAAGAAGAAGAAAAUAUUCGUUUCUGAGACAUAGUGUGCAUAUGAGUUAGUGUAAAGAAGAUGUAUUUAAUAAUGUGAUUAACAAAGAAAAGCGCUGUUAAUGUAUUGCAAUCUUUCAAUAUCAAACUAUAGGAAAGUUAGGAAGGGGUCUGUGGGCAAAAAAAUGAACUAAUCUUUAGGUGUUGAAUUAUUUGAAUUAUGAAUCACUCCGGAUGUUCGGAUAUUAUUAUAAUAAACAAAUACAUUUAUAUCUUUUACGGAGAAUCAAGUCAUGUUUCAACAUGUAGUAUUGGCUUUUUUUUUUUAUCUUUGUAUAGGUUUAAUUUGUUGUUAAGUGUAACGCACUUGUUACUUUUAAAUAAAGUCCUAGAAAGCGGUCAACAUCAUCAAGAAAUUAUUUCUUUUUAAAUACUUAAUGUUAUGUUUUUAUUUUUGUUUUAUUUAUUGUGUUGAAUUAAGAGUGAUAUUAGACAGUUUAAAAUACGUACCAUUAUGACUGAAAGAAAUAUAGGAUAUUUGAUUCAUUAAUCAAUAAUUUGUGUUUUCUUUGUAAAUGAUUUAGAUUUUCAGUUCAUUCCAGAAUACGUUAGAAAUAUAGAACAGUUACUAUUUUGGAGUAUCAACUCUAAAAGAAUUCCAACAACAAAGUAGAAAUGAAAAGAUUACGGCAUUCACUCAGACGAAUUAAAAACGAGUCAGUUAAUGGGCAGAACUGCCCAGGAAAACCAAGACCGUCUGAUGUCCUGUCCGAUACAGUUACAUUAUCAUGGAGAAACCCUUCGAAAUUUGGAAGUGAUGACUACUAUCAGGUCAGUUAUAAAGAUCUCGACAACGGAAAAAAGUGGAGUUUUUAUCAAGAUGAAUUCAAUUCUUCAACUGCUGUUCUUUGUAAUCUUAAGUCGAAUACACGAUUUAUUUUUCGAGUCCGUGUGGUGUAUCAGAAUGGCGAGGGUCCAUACAGUAACGAAAGCGAUAUUAUACGUACAUUAGAUUCUCCAGCCUCACGAAUUGUACAGAUGUCUGCUUUGAACGAGAAAGGAAGUCCAUCACCGUCAAUUUAUGCAUUGCCAGUAACUGAAGUAAGAGAAGCAAGAAAUGAAAUUGCAAAAACAAAGAAAUUUGAACUCGGUUCACUUCCAAGAGACACUGGGAUCACAAAAACAAUUAUGCUGGUUGGUGAAACUGGGACAGGAAAAAGCACAUUCGUAGAUGGAUUAGUGAACUAUGUUUUAGGAGUCAAAUGGGAUGAUCCGUUCAGAUUUACUGCAAUAGAUUUGGAGCAAGAAGAAAAAGACAAACAGAGAAAUCAAGCUCUAAGCCAAACAGAAUGGAUUACAUGUUACAAGCUUUACCCUGAAAAGGGUAGCCGUGUAAAGUACUCGAUAAAUAUAAUUGAUACGCCUGGCUUUGGAGAUACAAGAGGUCUAGAAAAAGAUCAAGAAAUCGUUGAACAAAUCAGAAAAUUAUUUUCUUACAAAGAGCCAAUAGGUGUUUUAUUCAUAGAUGCUGUUUGUUUCCUAGUCAAAGCUCCGGAUGCUCGUCUUACUGCAAUUCAAAAUUACAUUUUUCAAUCAAUUAUGUCGCUGUUUGGCAGAGACAUUGAAGAUAACAUUUGCUCUCUUAUUACCUUUGCUGAUGGAAUUGAUCCGCCAGUGUUGCAUGCAAUGAAAGAAUCUAAUUUGCCGUUUGGCAAGAGUUUCACUUUCAAUAACUCCGGUCUGUUUUCAAAAAAUGUAGAACUCAGUUCUCAUAGUUUAUCCCCGAUGUUUUGGGAUAUGGGAUUGAAAAGUUUUGGCGCUUUCUUUGACCACUUAGAACAAUUGGAAACGAAAAGUCUUCAACUGACAAAAUAUGUUCUUGAUGAACGUGCCCGCCUAGAAGCAACGAUUAAGAACUUGCUUCCGUUUCUUGACGUAGGACUUUCCAAAGUUAGAAACAUGCAACAGGAAAAAGAGGUGUUUGAGCAAAAUAUGUCCUUGAUAAAGGACAACAAAGAUUUUGAAUACGAAGUAGAAGAAACAGAACAAAAGAAAUAUAACUUACCUCGUGGCCAACAUGUUACUAACUGUACGCAUUGCCAUUUCACAUGCCACGAAAAUUGUGCCCUGCCUGAUAACAAAGCAAAAAAGGGAUGCAUUGCGAUGGGAAAAGACGGAAAUUGUAAGAUAUGCCCUGAAAAAUGUUACUGGAAGAAACAUGCAAACUCACAAAUUAUAUUUAAAUAUGUUACUGUGAAAAAAAAGAAAACAUAUAAAGAAAUGCAAAUAAAAUAUAGAAAGGCAACGGGAACAGUGCUGUCACAAGAACAGAUAGUAAAAAGGCUUGAAGAAGAAAUAAAUGCUCACAUACAGGAUGUUGACGACAUGUUGUCAGCAAUGAAAGUCUGCAAUGAACGCUUAAAUGAAAUUGCACUUAGACCGAAUCCCUUAACAAAGACAGAACACAUUGACUUGAUGAUAGAGAACGAGAAGCGAGAAAAAAAAGUAGGGUUCAGCCAGCGGAUUAACGUCCUAGAAGACUUUAAGAGAAGAGCCCAGAUAUCUAUGAAGGCAGAGAACUUUCGAAAAGAAGCUUAUUCCGCCUUAGAUACGCCCCCUUUGCAGCUCACUGAAAACACUCGCGUUAAGAAAGUGAGCGAUAGUGGAACAUUCGACCAAUUCGCAAGAGGUUACGUCUUAGAUUGCGUUGAAACAGUUACAGAUAUAAAUGUUAAAUCUAUAAUUUGGAAAUGCAGGUCAUGGAUAAGCAAUCAAGACAAUAAUUGAUAUUUAUAUAUUGUUAUGUUGUAUAUUCAAUCUAUUCUUCUUUUUAUUAUAACCAUUUAAUUCAUGUUGUUAAGACCAGAGCUGAAGUGACAAUCCUAGGUAUCAGAGAGGCAUGAUCAUAUAUAUAAUAUAGCAUUAAUGAAUAUCAAGUAAAGGGAAGUAAUCCCAUUAGCUGUACAACUAAACAUGCACAGAGUUAUCUAAUCUUGAUAUCAUAACAUAUAUCAAAACAAUUGAAUCCAAACAGAAUCCUAUUUUUUUACUUCUUCGUAACAUGAGGUGUAUACGUGCACACCCAUCUUUUCGUUAUUUUAAUGCUAUCAUUAUUUUCUAUGGUUAGCAGAAACGAAGCUUUAUUUACUAUAAAACUGACAGUACAUUUUUAACUAAACUGUUAUUUUAGCUUCGCCUGAUAUCGUAUGAUAUUUUAAAGUUGAUAUGAUAUUAAUUACAAAAUAAUCUAUUGAGAAUAAAAGUGCUACAAGACUGACAUUGUUUACUUGUCCGUUUUGAUAGUUAAACAAUGUAUAUAUUAAAUGUGUAAUACAUCGUUUUAGAUACAAGGAGAAAAAACUACCGAUUUACAUCAGUUGUGCUUGCGUGUGCGUGCGUGCGUGCGUGUGUGUGUGUGUGUGUGUGUGUGUGUGUGUGCGUGUGCGUGCGUGUGUGCGCGCAUGCAUGUCAAUAACAUAUAUGACUUAUUUUAAUAUGCAAUGAGACGAGUAGCUAUUAAUCCAUAUUCAACUAUUGUUGUUUUCUAUGUAACUUAAUAUAGUAUUGUUUUAUAAAAGAACAUAGACAAUCGAUGCAUAAAUAAACAAAUUAUCCAAGAUUAGAUGAGUACACUUGAUAAACCCUCGUCAACUUACUAUAAUAUCCUCAGUAAGAUAAUUUGGUUUAUAAACUUGUCGCAAUUGUACAUAUAAUUGUAUCAUAACUAGUUGAAAUAACAAUGAUUUAUCGAAA